AUGGCGUCGGACGGAACCACGCCAAACGCGUCUUCGGCAGAAACCUCGCCCAUCGGCGACGAGAAGCGCGAAGCAGGAUUGGAAUUGGAAGAAGCAGAGGAAGAGCGCGGGCGAGAAGAAAAUCUCGAUUCAAAAGAUCUACGAACCGCAAACGAAGCUCGUCCUCUAGCCGUUCCAAUCCAACAAAUACGAAGUCGCAGUUCCGCACGUUCGACGAGGAGUUAUGCUGCCGAGGGGGAAUACGCACGGGCAGACGAAGAUGCUGCGAAACCAGAUGGAGAAGAAGAUCAGGAAUUCGAAGUGACUUUCGAUGGAGAUGCGGAUCCCUACAAUCCCAAGAACAGACCCUACCUCAGGAAAUGGCUCAUCGUGCUCAUCGUAUCUUCGAGCAGUCUAUGCGUAACUUGCGCAUCGGCUCUCUACUCCAGCACCUACGCGCAGUUGGAAGCCGAAUUUCAUGUCUCGAGGGAAGUGGCGACAGUCGGAUUGACAACAUUCGUCUGUGGCCUUGGUCUGGGUCCCAUGUUUCUCAGCCCUCUGUCCGAGUUCUAUGGGCGGAGAAUCGUUUACCUCUUCGCCUUUGGGAUGUUCUUCAUCUGGCUUAUCCCAUGCGCUGUGGCGAAUAACAUCGUCACGAUGUUGAUUGCACGAUUCUUUGAUGGCCUUGCUGGAAGCGCGUUCUUGAGUGUGGCUGGCGGGACUGUUGGAGACAUGUUCUACAAGAAUCAGCUCUCGGCGCCGAUGAUGGUGUACACUGCUUCUCCCAUGGUUGGUCCGGAAAUUGGACCAUUGAUGGGAGGGUUCAUCAAUCAGUUCACUGACUGGAGAUGGUACGGAGCAUGCUCAACCGUCGUAAGAGCUCGAUCUCGAGAAGCUGACCCUCCCCAGGUCGUUCUACGUCCUCCUAAUCUGGGCAGGUGUUCAAUUCGCUAUGAUCUUUUUCUUCGUUCCUGAGGUACGAAUCCGAGAUGAAGGGGACAAGCUGGACCAUUCACUAACGUUUCCAAUUCGCUUCUUCAGACAUACGCCCCGGUUCUCCUUCGCAGAAAGGCGGUCAAGCUCCGGAAAGAUACUGGCGACGAACGUGUAUGCAAUGCGGGCGCUGUCCUUGCAACCAUGUCGAGUGGAACCGCUGACCUUCUGGAAACAGUGGAAGGCGCCUAUUGAAAUCAUGGACCGAUCGGUGGCGAGAACGGUUCUCUGGAGCUGCAUCCGCCCAUUCCAGCUUCUGGUGCUCGAGCCAAUGUGCUUGUGAGGAGUACCUACGGCAAUGCUGUUGUGGGCGUCAUGCUAACCGAGACCUCUAGGAACCUCUGCCUCCUCUCCGCAAUCCUGCUCGGCAUACUCUAUCUAUUUUUCGGGGUGAGAAUGCACCGCGCUGUGUUCGGUGCCGAUUUGGCGAAGAUCGCACGUGCUGAUUCGACCAGGCUUUCCCGCUCGUGUUUCAAAACAAUCACGGUAGGCACAGAUGACUAUUUAUGGUAGUGAGAAGUCGCAGCUAAUGCGACUCAGACUUCAACGAGUGGCAAACGGGUCUGUCAUUCCUGGGCAUCUUCGUAAGUCAUUUAGAGUGAUACGACCACGUGCGAGACACGUGGAAGCAAAUUAAUUUGAUUGACGCCUCCACGACAGGUCGGGAUGGUGAUAGCUGUCUCGUGCGAUGGCAUCUGGAAAAAGAUCUGUGAGUAUGCUAGGAUAUGUAUCAGAACUCGCCUGACAUUCUGCAAGACGCCAGACUCGUCGAAAAGAACAAUGGGGUCUCAGAGCCUGAGUUCCGACUUCCAUCUACCAUGCUGUAUGAUCAUAUCGAACACGGGGUCUUGUCCCGCAAAUGUAGCAUGCUGACAGCUUGACUCUCUAGCGGAGCAUGCCUCGUCCCGGUAGGCCUGAUCGGUGAGUUCACAACAUGACUUCAGGGUUCUCGCUAGGGCGGCUAAUGUAGCCAUUACAGGCUUUGGAUGGACGUAAGUCGUUUCCCCGUACCGCGUUCCUUUAGACGCGCGGCAGCAGCUUACCAUUGAACCAGUACGUUCCGCUUUGUGCCCUGGAUUUGUAUGUUCAAUCGGCGUCCACGAUCGAUUAGGUCGUCGAUGCAGGAUACAUAUGCGAAUGCUGAGCGACUGCGCAGUCCCGAUUAUCUUUUCUGGAAUCUUUGGCACGGGCAUGAUUUGGUGCUAUUCUGGAAUCUUGUAAGUGGAUAUCAUGUCCCGUGAUAUAGAGCACUUGCUGACGUCUUGAGGCAGCACAUUUCUUGUCGAGUGCUGUGGGUCUAUCAUAUAUGGCGUCUACAACAUAAUCGUUGCGGUGAGGCCGAGCAUGGAGUAUGCUGAUCGCGCACUAGACCCGCUGUACGCAGCAUCCGCCCUUGCCGCGAAUUCAUUUUCGCGAUCGUGUUUUGGUGCGGCGGUAAGCAUCGCAGAGUCGCAUUCAGUCCUUGUGUGGGUAUGAUGAGACAUUGACUGACGCCACGGGACUUUGUAGUUUCCUCUCUUGUUAGUACUGCGCAAUAUCGUCUCCCCUUACGUCAACGCAAAAGCGCUAACUUGAAAUCACCCUUCAGUGGAGUGCAGAUGUUCGAUAGUGAGUAGUGAGAUACCAAGGUCCAGCGAAAGAGCGGUAAACUGAUUCGGAAUGAUUGUCCAGAGCUGGGGUAUCAGUGGGCAAGCAGUCUGCUAGGUUUGUCGCAAUACUUCCUAAUGGAGAAGGCCCUCCAUUCGAUGAGCGGUGCUGAUUGUCAUGCAGGAUUCUUAGCGCUCGCGAUGACGCCCUUCCGUAAGUCUUUAUAAUGUAGGACAUCCCAGUACGAUGGAACAGCCUGCUAAUGGUGACUUCCCAGCUAUUGUUUUCUUCAGAAUCGGGAAAACAUUAAGGGGCAAGUCACGUUUUGCGGCGGCGCGGUAG